AUUUGCUCUGUUUAGUCGUGAUCGUAAUAUUCGCCGGAAAAUGGCUUCCCUUCUGUCUCACCGAAAAUGCGACGACAUGUCGUUUUAGAAGACAGAGCACGAGGUCGGCACGUGGUGUAGGAGAAGGACGGCGCUAUAAUAAUGAAUGUGGUUUUGAGUUUUUUUUCUUCGUCUUUGUAUCGGCGACGUUUGGCCGGAGAUAUGGAUGAACGGUGGGGAUUUCGCCGGCGGAAGCUGCGAGUGGCGGUGCUGGCGGCGGUGCUGUUGCUGUUUCAUCAGAAUUCGGGACUCUGUUUUUCUCUGAACAAUGAAGGUUUUGCGUUGUUGAGGAUUCGGGAGGGGAUUGUGAGAGACCCAUUUGGGGCUUUAUCGAGCUGGAAUGGUGAAUUUGAUCAUUGUUCUUGGUUUGGGGUCGAGUGCUCUGAUGGGAAAGUGGUGUUACUGGAUUUGAGAGAUCUCUGUCUUGGAGGAACUUUAGCACCGGAAAUGGGAAAGUUGCUCCACAUAAAAUCCAUCAUUCUGCGGAACAACUCCUUCCAUGGGGGAAUUCCCGAAGAGAUUGGGGAGUUGCUUGAGCUUGAGGUUUUGGAUUUGGGAUUCAAUAACUUCUCUGGGCCAUUUCCCUUGGAUCUUGGCAAUAACUUGUCUCUAACCACCUUGCUUCUUGAUCACAAUGAAUUCAUUAGCACCAGAACUCCUGAGGCCUAUGAACUCAAGUUGCUCUCUGAAACUCUGGUGGACGAGGACGACCUCUCCAGCAUUCACAGAACAGCAUCUUGCAGCAGAGAAACUCUUGUGGAUUGCCGGAGGCAGCUGCUGGGAGAUGGAGGAAUUCAUUCUAACAUGAAUGGGAGGAGUCUAUUAUCCCCGGCACCAUCGUUUUCUUCGCAAUCUCCAUCGCCCUCAUUCUUUUCGUUACCGCCCUCGUCGUCUUUUGCUUCAUCGCCAUCUCCAUUGUCCCCUUCAAAUCCACCAUUCCCCUUAGCAGCCUCCCCAAGUUCCCCAUCACCAUCUCCCACAAAGCCUCCAGCCCCCGCUCCUGCUCCUACUCCACGCCCACCAGCUCGAGCAAAGCCGCCAGUUCGUGCUCCUGCACCGUCUCGCUCCCGCAGCGUUCCACCGCGCCCUUCAGCUCCAUCUCCAAGUUUGAUUGGGGGAAGCAAUAAGAACAACAAUCGUAAAGUCCAAAUUUUGACAGGAAUUAUUGCAGGAUCAUUGUUUGUACUGAUCAUAACUGUCAGCAUUCUGGUCUGCCGAAGCAGCAAGGUUGUCACAGUGAAGCCCUGGGCUACAGGUUUGAGUGGACAGCUGCAGAAGGCAUUUGUAACAGGCGUCCCAAACCUUAAACGAUCCGAACUUGAAGCAGCUUGUGAAGAUUUCAGUAACAUAAUAGGCUCCUUUACAGACAUCACUGUCUAUAAGGGGACUCUGUCCAGUGGAGUUGAAAUAGCAGUGACGUCAACUGCAAUAACAUCUCCUGCAGAUUGGUCCAAAACUAAAGAAGAACAGUUCAGGAAAAAGAUUGCAACUUUAUCGAGGGUGAACCACAAAAACUUUGUCAGUCUCAUUGGGUUUUGUGAAGAAGUGCAGCCAUUCACAAGGAUGAUGGUUUUUGAAUAUGCUCCAAAUGGAACUCUUUUUGAGCAUCUCCACAUAAAAGAAGCAGAGCAUUUGGAUUGGGAGACACGAUUGCGGAUAGCUAUGGGUGUUGCAUACUGCUUAGAUCAUAUGCACCAGCUCAAUCCGCCCGUCAUACACCGACAUCUCUGUUCUUCGUCGGUGUACCUGACCGAAGACUACGCUGCCAAGUUGUCGGAUUUUAGCUACUGGAGUGAAGCAACAGCAGCAAAGUUAGGACCAGCAACUGUGGAGCUCUUGGAAACUUCACCUGCAGAUUCAGAGAGCAAUGUUUAUAGCUUUGGGGUGAUCUUGUUAGAAAUGAUUACAGGUAGAAUUCCAUUCUCGGUUGAUGAUGGCUCUCUUGCAGAUUGGGCAUCAGAUUUUCUGAAGGGAGAGCAGUCGUUAACUGAUAUGGUUGAUCCAAUUCUGAGCUCUUUCAAAGAAGAACAGCUUGAGAAUUUGUUUCAAGUGAUAAAAAUGUGUGUCGACCCCAAGCCGAAGCAAAGACCGACGAUGUCCGAGAUUGCUUCGAGGUUGAAAGAGAUCACAGCAUUGGAACCUGCAGGAGCAACACCAAAACUAUCUCCUCUGUGGUGGGCAGAACUUGAAAUCUUGUCUACAGAUACAAACUGAGUUCAAGUUGAACAUCAAGUCCAGACUUAACUUAAGCUAUCCCUUUUUUUUCUCUCUUGGGUUUCAAAAUUCUUUUGUUGAUUGUAGCAAUUUGUUGUUUGACUGUAAAAUGAGGGGUAAAAGUUCCAAAAGAUAGCAAAAUAGCAGCAGGGUAAGGAAUGUAACUUGUACAUAAAAGAGAGCUGCUGAGCCAAUGUUGUACUAGCUCCACAACAUGGAUAUGUAUAUGCAUGUUUCUUCCAAGAAAAUGAUCAUGGUUUUGUGUGUGUUUUGCA